CAAAGCCUCAUCUUCCUCCUCGUCGUCCGCCAUCCUCGUCCCCUGCAAGACCUCCUUUGCCCUCCGUUUUCUCCGUAAUUUACGGUUUGACCACUCUGGUUAUGAUAGCGGCCGGCCACCGGGAACUUGAGAGCCCCAGCCACUCUCCAGCUCUCGGUUUCCCUCGCCCCCGCUUCUUCCGCUACCGCCGUUUGCGGUAGCCGCCGGUGGUAACCCCCCCCCCCCCCCUCCUGCUCCGCCGAACAUCUACUUCUCUAUUACGUAACUCGGCCAUGCCCACUUCGAAGUCUCACCGGACGGCGCCGGAGGACAGGGGCCGGAGGGGGAAGUCGCCGAAGAAGGCGUCCUCGUUCCACGGCCGCGUCCCGCCGGCGAUCGCGGGGGCGAAGGAGCUGCGCCGCCCGAUGACGGCGCCGGAGCUUCCGCCGCCGCCGCCGUGGCUGCCGGCGGAGCCGAGGCCGCGGCUGACGAAGCUGCUGCUGAACGUGACGGUGCUCGGCGGCGUCGGGGCCGUGCAGGUGGUGACGACGCCGGAGUCGACGGUCGGCGAUCUGGUGGCCGCCGUCGUGAGGCAGUACGCCAAGGAAGGGCGGCGUCCCGCCCUGGCGUCUGACGAUCCGUCGCGCUUCGACCUCCACUAUUCGCAGUUCAGCUUGGAAAGUUUGGAUAGAGAGGAGAAGCUGAUGGCAUUAGGAUCGAGGAACUUCUUCGUCUGUCCCAAGAAGGCCCUCGCGGACGGUCGUGCCGCCGGCGACGGCGGCGCGACGGCGGCGGCGGCGGCGACUUCGUCGUGCUCUCGCGAAGCUCAGAAAGCCGCAAAGGCCGGUUUCAAUUGGUUCAAGUUCAUGGAUUUCUGGCUACAGUAGUUGGCCGCCAUCUCCGAUCACCUCCGCCAUUCGCAGAGUUGAUCGCGAUCAUUAAGUAGUAUCCUCCAUCGAAAGUAUGACCGCCGCAGCGGUUCGAAUCCCAUGCGUGAUCGCGUCUACCGUCUCUUGACCUUUCGCGCUGUUUGUUGUAGAUUUCCAAUUUCUUUUUUCGUUUUUAUAUUUGUACAGACUUUCACUGUUCGUGGGCCAAUGUAUGGAGGAGCUUCCGUCUUGUGAAAUUUAAUGUGCUUGCUGUUGCUGUAAUGAAGAGCUUUGUCGUCUUAUAAAUUCAUCCUUUAAAACAAAAUUUAAUCGUGGGAUCCACGUGAUGAGACCGACCACGCAAUGGAAUGAACGUUUUUACAGCCGCCCCAUAAGUUAGGGGAGAAUAAAUUUCCUUCUUAA